AUGGCCGCGCCAAUGUGCGCUGCAAGCGCGGCUCGCCGGACUCGGCGUGGAUCGCAACGCGCAAGCCGGCAUGCCCAAAGUCUCGGCAUGCUUGGCCUUCUGCUCACUCUGCCUAGAGAGACCUCGGCCUCGGGUGUGGGAGCCUUGAGCUUCGUUCCCGUCGCUGUCACCGAGCAUUGCGAGAAGGGGGAGUGGUGUGCUCUUCCUGAUAACUUUUUGUCCGCUCACGAAGCCUUCGAGUUCGCACUUCUCCGCAUCAACGAAAUGCGGCAAAAGUGCUAUGGCUUCACAUUGGCACCUGUAAGACGACAAGAUUACAUGGUGGCUGGAACCCUUCGGAAAGACAUGGAUGGCUAUUCCCUCUACCAUCUGCGUCUGAAUUCAACGAAUCAAUUCGUUCCGACCAAAGUGGAUGUGGAAGUGGCUCACUUACAUCGCAUCACCGAUCUGUCUAUCUUCCAGGUCACGAAAGUCGAGCCACAAGCUUGCAACCUUUUCAGUGCAGCCGACGAUGCUGAACUCCUCAUUCCGACAAGUUGGCAAGAAGCCAAGGAAGCAGCUGAGACUGCGAGGAAGGUCUUCAAUGAGCAGAUUAAGACAUUCUGCCCCGAGAAGCGGCCUUUGCAGAUCCUCCGCAUCCUGGCCGCGGCGCGGCAGCCGGUGGAGGGCAAGGUGUUGCGAUUGCAGUUGGAGCUUCGACAGGAAGAGGAGAACUUCGGUGGCUCUUUCGAAGAGCAGGUCCUGGUUUCCUAUGCCCUGGACCAUCACGUGCCAGAGGAGAUGUCACUGGUACCCGAGGUUUAUGCAGGUCGGUACCCAUGCAGGAUGGGACAACAAGAGGAUGAGCAAACUGCUCUGGACUUCUUCAAGUCCAGCCGACGACUGGGCUCCGGGAAAGCAUCCGAGCGCAGGCUGUCUUGGGAUCCAACCUCUGCUUCCGAAGCAGCGGCUGCG